AUGGCGAUCAGCUCAUUCAAGCAAGAACAUCCUCUCGAGAAGAGACAAGCUGAAGCUUCUCGUAUAAGGGAGAAGUAUCCAGAUAGAAUCCCGGUCAUAGUCGAAAGAGCCGAGAAGAGUGAUGUCCCUGAUAUUGACAAGAAGAAGUACUUGGUCCCAGCUGAUCUGACUGUUGGCCAGUUUGUUUACGUUGUUCGGAAGCGGAUCAAGCUCAGUCCCGAGAAAGCCAUUUUCAUUUUCGUCAAGAACAUUCUACCACCAACUGCGGCGAUUAUGUCUGCGAUUUACGAGGAGCACAAAGACGAAGACGGGUUUCUAUACAUGAGCUACAGUGGGGAGAACACGUUUGGGAUCUUCUAA